AUGCCAUUACAAGACGUAUCACAUGAUCUUGCAAUGAUCGACUGGCUUCGCCAGUCUGGUCAUGCACAUUUACUUGAUGAACGACUUCUAAAUGCUAAUAUUUCAUCGUCUCCACCACCAUUCAAUUAUCCAUAUGGACAAACACAUUCAUUAUCUUCUCCAAUACCUGGUCAUAACAUGGGUUAUGAUAGUAGUGGUUCUCCAAUAAAUCCGCUCAAUCAAUCUUCAUCAUUUCAUCAACCACCUUUUCUUCAAUCAUCACAUUAUGAUGGUGGUGCUAGGUCAUUAUCACCACCAAUACUACCUCAAUCAUAUGGUCAUCAAUCAAGUCCUUUACCUUUUCAUUCAUCUCCUACACAAUUUCUUUCACCUGAUGUGCAUCAGCACCAACUUGAUGCUGAUAUUGAAAAUAUGAAACGUGAUCCAAAUACUCGUGUUGUUCAACGUCCUCCACAAGACGAUGUUGUUUACAAACAACGAGUCUUUGUGAGAUAUUUACAACCGCCGACACCACCUGUGGGUGGAACGAUUAUUGUCCGAGAAAAGCAACCACCACUACCACCACCUGAUCCACCUAUUGUUAUUAAACGUGCUCCACCUCCACCUCCUACUCCGCCACCAGUUACUAUUCGUGAGCGUCCACCACCAAUGCCACCUCCUGAAGGUACAACUGUAAUUGAUAAAUUAGUUCCACCCGGACCAAAACCACCACGUCAAGUAAUCAUCGAACAAUAUCCACCAUUACCACCCAAGCCUCGAGAUGUUAUUAUUGAACGAUGGCUUCCACUGCCGCCGCGACAACGACGUAUUCUUUAUGAACGUGUACCGCCUCCCAUCCCACAAGUUACAAGACCCAUUGUUGUUCAAUAUGGUUCACCACAUGUUCGUGUUCAACGUGAAGUUGUUAUGACACCUGGCACACAACUUCCUUAUCAGACAGUAGCUGGUCGUACGGAUAUCAAUCAACUUUUAUGUCAAAUUGGUGGCAGUCAACCAGUUUGUCCACCUUUGUGUUCUUCAUCCCUUACUUCCUAUAAUCCAUAUACAUCAAUACAACCGAAUAGUGGUGUUUUUGGUCAAUCUCAGCCAAAUAUUGUUAUUAUGCAAGGUGGACAACCAAAUAUCAUGCCAUCAUCAAUUUAUGGCACGCCAUUAACCUGUGUGUGUACACCCAGUUCAGCUGCAGGUUUAGCUGCCUAUGGAUCUGGUGUAUCAACAAUACCAGCUUGUGGUCAAUCGACUGGACAAACAGCAAUCUUCAAUGUACCAGAUAAUGUGCCAAUUGAAAAUAUUCUUCGUCAACUUGGUAUUGAUCCAUGUACUAUACAGCCUUCAGCUAGUUUACCAUUCUCAGAUCCUCGUUCCGCAGUAUCACAUGUAUGGAAUGCUGCUUCCCAUGCAAAUCAAAUGGAUCCUCGUACUGCAGUAUCACAUGUGUGGAAUGCUGCUUCCCAUGCAAAUCAAAUGGAUCCUCGCUCUGCCGUAGCACAUGUUUGGAAUGCAGCUUCUCAUGCAAAUCAAACAGAUCCUCGCUCUGCAGUAUCACACGUUUGGAACGCAGCUUCUCACGCAAAUCAAAUGGAUCCUCAUUCCGCAGUAUCACAUGUUUGGAAUGCAGCGUCUCAUGCAAAUACAAUAAAUCCUAAUACCGCAGUAUCACAUGUUUGGAAUGCCGCUUCUCAUGCAAAUCAAACAGAUCCCUAUUCCGCAGUAUCACAUGUCUGGAAUGCAGCUUCCCAUGGAAAUCCACCGUAUCCAACAGAUCCUCAUUCAGCAGUGUCACAUGCUUGGAAUGCAGCAGCACAUGGUGCUGGUUUUAAUCAAGAUGGUUCUCCAGCUGCAGGGCGUGCUUGGGACAGAAUCGAGCAGUAUCUUCACGGACAAUCUGGUGAUGCAGUUCGAUCUGUAUGGGAUCAUAUUCCUCAUCCAAGUUCACCACCUCCACAAUCCAAUUAUCCGCCACCAGCAAUGCCACCUAGCUACCCACCACCCCCAUCGAGUUAUCCGCCGCCACCUCCAAUGAGCUAUUCUCCACCACCACCAUCUUCAUAUCCACCACCCGGAGGAAUGAGUAGUGCUGGAUCAAGUGUUUUAGCUCGUCUUUUUGGUGGAGGUGGAUAA